ACGUGACUUGUAACUUCCCGUUUGGGGUUUCAGUCACUCAGGGACAAUACCACGAUAAGUACUGCUCAAAUACUAUAGACAUUGCAGACUUUGCCAGCUCAGCAUAGCACAUUAGAUCUAUCAUAAUCCCUAAGAGAGAUGCAAAAUACAAGCAUCUUAUCCCCGUUCAAAUCAAAUUUCCCCGACUAGAACCACCAAGAAACCAAAAUGAUGGGGUACCUUCCGCCUUAGGCAGAAAUCACAUGACCCCACGGAAGCGAAACGCUAAGCCCUGCCCGCACAAAAAAACUACCACUACUGAACGGCUUGACAGACGGUCGACAACCUCAUCAUCGCCAGUCCAUACACUCAGCUCGCCGUCGCGACAAGUCUUCAAGAUAGCCACAAGAGUUUCCGCACCAAGCAGAAGCUUGCCAAAGCUCAGAGACAGAACCGUCCUAUCCCCCAGUGGAUUCGUCUCAGGACCGGUAACACCAUCAGAUACAACGCCAAGCGUAGGCACUGGCGCAAGUCCCGUCUCGGAGUCUAAAUUCGUCCAUUGGAGGAACCUUCCACACCAACCGACUUUUUCGAUUCCGCCCCGAGAAAUGUCUCUGUCCACCUGCUGCUACUUUCCCGGGGGAAAAUGUUUCGUUCAGUUGCUGUGAUACCGCUGCCAACAAUGACAACAACAACUCUUGUGUGCCGCUACUGCUCGCGAUGAUAC